CUCUCUCACACACCACACCACCACACACGCGCACUUUCUCUCCCCUCCCACUUUUGAGCCUUCUCUCUCGUCAGAACAGAUACGCUGAAUAUCUUCUUCCUACUUCUCUAAUCUUCCCACCCUUCUUCUAGAGAGAGAAAAUUCACUUCAUGUCUUUUCCAAAGGCAUCAACUUAAGAAGUGGGUGGUGGUUUUUUCACUUUUCAUUUGUUUCAACUUUCAACUUUCAAAUCCCUCUUUGCCUCUCCCAGUUUUCUAGGAAGUUGAUUUUCUUGGAAAUAUUAUUAUUUUAACCUUGUGUAUGUUGUAAGUUGUUUUUCAUCUUUUCUGGUUUCUUCUUCUUCUUAUCUUGUUUCUCUUUUCCUUUUUUUUUUUAAUUUUAUUUAGAUGAACUGCACCUACAGGUCAGCUUCUCACUGAAGCAUAAACAGGGAAUAUUGAUUCUUUUCAGGUUCUUGUGAGAGGAAAAGAUUGUGUUUUUGUUUUUGGACUUUUGAUUGUUGUGGAUGAGGGGGGGGGGGGGGGGGUUGAUUUUUACUAUGGAGACAUGUUUAUUUAGGAAGGUAGAUUCUGGGGUGGUUGGUUUUGUUCUGUUGUUGGAUUAAAAGAAUUGUUUUUUUUAAUGAUUUUUGAAAAAAAGAAUAUUUGUGGGGGUAACCGAUUAGAAUGAGGAGUUCAGGUAUAGUUUAAGGUUGCAACAUGAGCUUCAGAGAGGGGAAGAUAGAAGGAGAAGAUAGGGAAUGUGAAGAAUCGGUGUUGGGGAGCACUGAAUCCAAAUCAGUGAGGGAAAAUGGGUCUUUAGCAAGCACUCAGCUGACAGUUGAUGAGAAUCUAUUGGUUGACCCUAAACUACUCUUUAUUGGGUCCAAGAUUGGAGAAGGAGCUCAUGGGAAAGUUUAUGAAGGAAGGUAUGGAAAUAAAAUUGUUGCAAUCAAAGUUCUGCAUCGUGGGAGCACUUCCGAAGAAAGGGCUUCCCUUGAAAAUCGUUUUGCUCGAGAAGUUAAUAUGAUGUCUCGCGUCCACCAUGACAAUCUUGUUAAGUUUAUUGGAGCAUGUAAGGAUCCUCUUAUGGUAAUAGUUACAGAGCUAUUACCAGGGAUGUCACUGCGUAAAUAUUUAACGAGUAUCCGUCCUAAACUAUUAGACCUUGAUGUGGCUAUAAACUUUGCCCUUGAUAUUGCUCGAGCCAUGGAUUGGCUACAUGCCAAUGGGAUCAUACACAGAGAUCUGAAACCUGACAAUCUAUUGCUUACGGCGGACCAGAAGUCUGUUAAACUUGCAGAUUUUGGUCUUGCAAGAGAAGAAACUGUGACUGAAAUGAUGACUGCAGAAACAGGAACUUACCGUUGGAUGGCACCAGAGUUGUACAGUACUGUGACAUUGCGUCAGGGAGAGAAAAAGCACUACAACAACAAGGUUGAUGUAUAUAGCUUUGGAAUUGUUUUAUGGGAGCUACUAACAAACCGCAUGCCCUUUGAAGGGAUGUCCAAUUUACAGGCUGCUUAUGCUGCUGCAUUUAAGAUUGCAGCAAGAGAGGCCCGGCAUUCCAGAUGAUAUAUCCCCUGAACUUGCUUUUGUCAUACAAUCUUGCUGGGUUGAAGAUCCUAACUUGAGACCAAGCUUUAGUCAGAUCAUCCGCAUGCUCAACGCGUUUCUCUUCACACUCUCACCACCGUCUCCUCCUUUGCCAGUACCACCUGACAAUGAACCUGAGGUGGCUACAACAAGUAAUGGCACCAUUACUGAGUUUUCUGCCCGAAACAGAGGAAAGUUUGGCUUUCUUCGCCAAUUGUUUUCUUCGAAGAGGACCAAAAACUAACAUUGAGCGCUGAAUUUUUUUUAAAAUUCCCUUUUGUUGUAGAUGAAAAGAGUUGCCAUUCUAUGGUAUACAGUUUUAGGACAUUUAUGAGUUAACCAUCUCAGGUGACCAAAAGGAUGUAACAUGUUCCAUAAAAGAAAAGAAUGUUGUUUAUAGACUUUUGAAAGAUUAAGGAAAGAAAAAAAAGGAUUGUUUACAUUAUCUAGUAGAUCUUGCUGUAAAGGAACAAAUUAAUUUAGACAUUUUCCUGCUUUGAGAAAGGUAAUUACUGAGCAUUGUAAAGUAGUUGUUUCCAAAGGAUGCUCAAGGGUAACUUUAUGCUUAUUUGGGAGUGAUAUUUCUGAUUAGUUAAUUAAGCAUAUUGUUUAAGUAAA